AUGGUUGUCGAUAGAACACUUUAUGAUAUACUUGAAGUUGAACCUAAUGCAACACAAGAAAAAAUUGCACAAGCUUGCAGACAAAAAUCACGUGAACAUCAUCCAGAUCGUGGUGGAGAUCAUGAAAUGAUGCAACAAGUAAAUUUAGCUAGAGGAAUUUUGACUGAUCGAGAAAAACGAAAUUUGUAUGAUCAAUAUGGAUUAAAUGGAAUGCAAUCAAGACUUGAAAAUGAAACUUUUCCAUUUCCAAAUUUUCAUAAUGAGAGAACAGUGAAAAAAGGCAAUGAUAUUAAACAUGUUCUCAAAGUUUCUCUUGAAGAAUUAUAUAUGGGUAAUACAAAAACAAUCAAAAUUGAACGUGAUAUUGUUUGUAAGAAUUGUAAAGGUACUGGUUGUCAUGAUGGUGUUUCACGUCAAUGUAGAAAAUGUGAUGGAACAGGAAUUGAAAUGUUAAUACAUCGAAUGGGUCCAUUUAUUCAACAAAUACAAAGUCAAUGUUCAUUAUGUAAUGGAAAUGGAAACAUAAUAGAUGAGAAAAAUCGAUGUAAAACUUGUUUUGGUAAACAAGUUUGUCGAGAAGAGAAACUCUUUGAUGUAAAUAUUGUACAUGGAAGUCAAAAUGGAGAAAUAAUUAAAUUUAUUGGUGAAGCAAAUCAAAUUCCUAAUGGAACAUCUGGAACAUUAUAUGUUAUUCUUAAACAAGAACCACAUUCAAUUUUUAAUCGAAAGAAUGAUAAUUUAAUAAUGAAAAUGGAAAUAAAUCUAACUGAAUCAUUAUGUGGAUUUCAACGUUUAAUAAAAUUAUUAGAUGGUCAUCAAAUAUUAAUUGAUCAUCCUCGUGGAAAAACAAUUUUACCAAAUAGUUAUCAUUGUUUAAAAGGUUAUGGAAUGCCAAAUAGAAAUACACAUUCACAUGGAGAUUUAAUUAUUCAAUUUGAUGUUAAAUUUCCAGAUGAAAAUUUUCAUUUAACUGAAAAUCAAUCGAAACAAUUACAAUCUAUUCUUCCAUCGAAGAAACAAAUUAAAUUGAAUAGUAACGAACUUUCUGAAUCAGUUCAAAUGACAAAAUAUGAUAUUACAGAAGAGAACUUUCAAAAUGAUCAUCAAGAUAAUACAGAAGAAGAUGAUGAAGAUGAUGAUGCUCAUCAACAAUCUCAAGGUAUUCCAUGUCGUACUCAAUAA